ACGGUUCCCUCCAUCUGCCUCCUCGCCUUCCUAGGGUUUUUCUUCCGACUCAACUGCACGACAGCUUUCGGAGGUUAAAGAGACGGCGUUGUUCGGCUGUCCGCCUUGACUGAGCUCCGGCGUCGUCUUGGCCCUCGAUUUUGUUUCUCUUUGUUUGUAGAUUUGUUGUAGACUUUUAGUGUCAGAAAUGGCAUCGAAACCAUCCAAGGCCGAUAAGAAGAUCGCCUAUGAUGCUAAGCUGUGCCAGCUUUUGGACGACUUCAGCCAGAUCCUGAUUGUGGCUGCCGACAACGUGGGGUCGAACCAGCUUCAGAGCAUCAGGAGGGGUCUUCGUGGUGACUCUAUUGUUCUUAUGGGCAAGAACACCAUGAUGAAGAGGUCUAUUCGGAUGCACGCUGAGAAGACUGGAAACCAGGCUUUCCUCAACCUCAUUCCCCUGCUCCAGGGCAACGUGGGGUUGAUCUUCACUAAGGGUGAUUUGAAGGAAGUCAGUGAGGAGGUUGCUAAGUACAAGGUUGGAGCUCCAGCACGUGUUGGAUUGGUUGCACCCAUUGAUGUGGUCGUCCCUCCUGGCAACACUGGGCUUGACCCAUCACAGACCUCUUUCUUCCAGGUGCUCAACAUUCCAACCAAGAUUAACAAGGGUACUGUCGAAAUUAUCACCCCUGUUGAGCUUAUUAGGAAGGGUGACAAGGUUGGAUCUUCUGAGGCUGCUCUACUUUCAAAACUUGGGAUUAGGCCAUUCUCCUAUGGUCUUAUUGUCCUCUCUGUUUAUGACAACGGAUCAGUUUUCAGCCCAGAGGUUCUUGAUCUGACAGAAGAUGACCUCAUUGAGAAGUUUGCUACUGGUGUCUCCAUGGUCACCUCCUUGUCUCUGGCCAUCUCAUACCCAACCCUUGCUGCUGCACCGCACAUGUUCAUCAAUGCCUACAAGAAUGUCCUAGCAAUUGCAGUCGCAACUGAGUACUCCUUCCCUCAGGCUGACGAAGUGAAGGAAUACUUGAAGGACCCAAGCAAGUUUGCCGUAGCUGUUGCAGCUGUUGCUACUGAUGCUGGCUCUGCCCCGGCUGCUGCUGCGGCUGCACCAAAAGAGGAGGAGAAGAAAGAGGAACCUGCUGAGGAGUCUGAUGAUGAUAUGGGUUUCAGUUUGUUUGAUUAAGGUUGAUGUUUGCUAUCAAGAGCUUGGGAGAUUGAGACAUAAUUUGAAGUUUCUCUUGGAUAUUUCUUUUUAGUUUGCUUUUUAUGAUCAGUUAUUAUACAAUUUGAGAUGAAGAAUUCACUAGUUUUUAUUGUUCAUCAAUUUGGGCGUAAGAGUUUUAUAUUUUUAGUUUUCCAAAUAAUUAUGUGUUGUUAUAUCUAUUGAACUGAAGUUAGCUGGUGCUAGAGUUUGAUUCUUGCCUGAUUUCGAUCUAGAAUCUGUUGAUUUUG